AUGAGGCUGCUAGAUGCGAACACCCUCGAGGUGGUGGAGUUCAUGGAUCACAAUGUCCCAAAAUAUGUGAUCCUUUCCCAUACAUGGGUCGAAGGACAAGAAGUUACCCUCAAAGAUAUGCAGAAUAACAAAGGGACAGAGCUAUCUGGAUAUGAAAAAAUCAAAAAAGCUUGCGCCCUGGCUCUUGCGAAUGGAUAUGGGCAUGCCUGGGUCGAUACAUGCUGUAUCGACAAGACGAGCAGCGCUGAGCUGUCAGAGGCUAUCAACUCAAUGAUGAGCUGGUACGAGCGAUCGGAAAUAUGUUAUACAUAUUUAGCAGAUGUUCCGCCAGGCACCAACAUUCACGAGCCAGAAUCGUCAUUUGCAAAGAGUCGUUGGUUUGAACGAGGCUGGACCCUUCAGGAACUCAUAGCCCCGUCGAGGCUUAUAUUUCUCUAUAACGAUUGGUCAGCCAUAUACGAAAGAGACGACAUAUCCAACCUUAUCACGCAAAUCACCGGUGUAGACGAGACCUUUUUAUUCCGCCUGCGGACAUUCACAGACAGCCCUUUACAAUCUAGACUCCAAACAGCAAGCAUUGCUGAAAAGAUGAGCUGGGCUUCGAAACGCAAGACAACCCGAAUCGAAGACACAGCAUACUGCCUGCUGGGUAUAUUCGGAAUCAAUAUGCCUCUACUAUACGGUGAGGGCACAAAUGCUUUCCUGAGAUUGCAAGAGGAGAUUAUGAAACGCUCAGAUGAUCAGACAUUAUUGGCCUGGCACCUCCCAGAAGAUGCCCCGGAAGAGUCAGGAGUGCUUGCUACGUCUCCGGCUGCAUUUUCGAAAUGUAGAGACUUUAUCCCUUGUAAUGUGGGCAUGCCUACCCCGCCAUUUCAGAUGACAAACAAGGGCCUACACAUCGAAAUGCCAGUUUCGAGCGACAGCUUCAGGAAAGGGAGAUAUGGUCUUCUGCAAUGCAGAAUGAGACAAGAUCCAACCACAAGGAUUGCAAUCCCCUUGGAGAGUCGUAGAAACGGCAAUGGCCUGUAUGUACGAAGCAAAAAGCCGUUGCUAUUUCUGAGUCAUCGGUACUGGAGAACAUGGUCAUUUACUCCGGUUAAUCUACUCCCAAGUCAACAAAGCUACGAUAUCGGAUCGAUCCGUCAGUACGACUUUGGAAAUCCACAAUUACUUUUCUAUCUUACGGAAGAAGGUGUUCUAGUAGACAAAGAGCGCUCCCUUAUGGAUAUCUAUGAGCCUGACUUGAUUCGUCUUCAUGAUGAGUGGACUAACACCCUAGAACGACUAUUCUACCAUGCUAAGAACAGUGUUUGUGCCGUACUUCGGUCACUUGCCCUUUCACCGUGGAUGUUCGCAUUUGUCGUUGAUUCCUUGAUCAGCAGGGCUUUCGAACCGCUGGGCUCGAUGAUAGAUCAUGCUGAGAAGAAUUUCAGAAGAAUCACACUCGGUGGGAGUGUCGCACUGCAUUUGGGUGUUUAUUUCUUCUCCGCUCGGUGGAGGAGGCUUCAGAGAUGGAUUGGCGCCAUUUCAUCCCCUGAAGCAUUCCUUUCGUUUGGGACCAAUUUUUCGGCUUUUGUCCUUUUUUACUUUUGUUGUAAGCUUCUUCCUCCAGAACUGCUUAGAGCUAUUCUUGAAAAUAAACGGAAAGAGCUGGGGUCUGUAUUACUGGGCCUUGUACUCCGUUUUGUCGUUACCAAGAAAGGCGGGGGCGUAACUACCAUCGCGGCUUAG